GCAUGCAGCCGAUGUGGCACUGGCACUGAUGCAGUUUGCUUCUCGGUGCUUCUCGGUGAUAUGGUGUUUGUGUUACGGUGAUACGGAACGAUUAGUUUUGCAAACAAAGGCCGCGUAACACGCAAAAAUAUUACGUGUUUUAAGCGAAUUCUUUUAAUACGCUGGCUUUGUUAAUAACUAUAAAACAGAUAAUAUGACAAAGUAUGCAUAAACUUUACAAGAAUGGAUAAAUUACAUCAAAGUAUUCUUAAACGCUUGAGGAACAGCAUAGUAGCUGAUAUAGAUGUAUAUAAUGGUAUUAUACAGCCACUAAAAUCAGAGUAUAUAUUAAAGGCUCAAGAUAUAGCAGACAUUGAUGUUGCUAUUUCUAAACAACAGAAAGCUGAAAUUUUAUUGGAUAUACUUCCAAAUCGAGGCCCUUAUGCCUUUGAUAUUUUUCGUCAAGCUUUGCAACAUCACUAUGACUGGUUAAGCGAUGACAUGGAUAAACUAGAGGAAAGUGGGAAAGCAUUUAAUGAUAUAAAACAUGUGGGUACACCUACCCUUCCACCGAUUUCACCAUUAAGUGUUAUUAGAGAACAAAAGAUGAUGCAGUUGAAGUAUCAUUUGGAACAACUAGAACCAAAUGGAUAUGUUGUACUUCAUGGAAUGAAAGGUUUUGGUAAAUCGUGCCUAACAGCUAGUACACUAAAAGAUACUAAAUUUGUAAGAAAUUUAUUUUAUAAUGAAGUAUAUUGGAUAAAAUUUGGGUAUGAACGUCCAGUUGACGAGGAAAUAUUAAUUCAAUUAAAUAGACUUUAUCAUCUGGUUAAAAAUAUAGAAAUACUGCCAGGAUCAUUGAAACCAGAACCUUUAAGAGAUUCACUUAUUCAUUUUUUGAAACAUCAUUUCAGUAGAGAAAAGCAUUCCCUUGCUUUAUUAAUUUUGGAUGAUGUUUGUGACAAAAAAAUAAUUGAUGCAUUUGAUUUUGAAUGUAAAACUUUGGUAAUUACAGCUAAUCUUGAUGUUGUAUGGGAAAAGAGACCUUCUGUAAUUCAGAUGAAUGAUGGGUUUACUGAAGCAGAAACCUUAGGUCUUUUUGCUAAAGUGUUGGAGACAGAAGUAGAUAAGCUUCCUUUGGAAGCAAAACGAAUUCACGAAGAAUGUAAAGGAAUGCCUUUAUUAAUAGCUAUGUUUUCUGCUCAAUUUGAAGAAUUUAAACAUGACAUGAAGCUAAGAUCAGAUAGAUGGAAAUAUUAUUUAAAUUCCUUGAGGAAUAAAGAUGAAAAGAAUCGCGUGAUUAAAAGGUUCUUGGAAAAGCAAGAAGCAAUUUUUAAUAUGUGUAUAGAACAGUUACCUGUUGAAAUGAGGAAACAUUAUGAAGAAUUAGUAAUUUUUAGAGAAGAUGUAAAUAUAACCCCCCAGACUUUGGAAGUUCUUUGGGGAGGACCUCCAUUUCAAGUUGAAGAAAUGAUGCUUGACUUAUGUCAUAAGUCACUAGCAGCUAAACAAUGGAAUGAUGAAUUACGUAGCUACAUCUAUGGUGUUCAUGACUUAUUACUUUGUCAUCUUCGGAAAAAAAUUUCACAAGAUGAAUUUGUACAAAUGCACAAAUCAUUGAUCGAUAAGUAUCGCAGAUAUUGUAACGAUGAUUUUUCGAAGCUUCCCGCGGACAAUUAUAGUUAUUCAUACAUUGGAUAUCAUUUAGAACAAGCUCAAUUGUAUGAUGAAUUUCCAAAGAUAUAUUUUAAUUUUGAUUUUAUUCAAGCAACAAUAAUUCACAGUGGUUUGAGCAACUUAUUGAUUGAUUUAGAUAACUACAGAAGAUACAUUACUAAGAACUAUGAUACAGAGUAUGAAACACGCUUUAUCGAUUUAGAAAAGUUCUUAGAGGAACAAGCGAGCAUUAUCGCAGAACAUAGACAUAAAAAAUGCUUGGAUAUAGUACAAAUUGCUAUGAAUCAUCCUUAUGAAGGAUAUAUAAGAGAUACUGCUAUUAAACUUGCACGAGAGAGAUUGAAAUAUUUAUAUGUAUUUCACGACAAAAAGUUGCGGCAAAUGGAUGUACCAUUGAGUGAAGAAAUGUCCACGGAAAUACAUACUUCUUGUUUUGCAUGUGAUCCAGAUUUAAUUCUAAUUGGAAGUAGAAACGGUGAUAUAUUUUUAUGGAAUAGCAUUUACAAAAGACAAGAAGUGUUCAGUGGGCAUGAUAGAACAUGUAGCAUAAAAAAGAUUGUUGUAUCUACUACGGGAGACUGUUUUUUAUCAUUGGACGAUCUUGGAAUAGUAAAACUAUUUAGGCUUUCUGAAGAUAAAAGUAACGAACAGAAUCAUAUUGGUCCAUUGAGUCCUAGACAAAAACAAACCUUUUGGAGUGGAAUUUUUUCGAGUAAAGUUCCUCACGAUGAUAGUUCGGUAAUGUUUCAUGUUGCUGGGGAAAUUAUAUUGGAUAUGACAUUUACGCAUGAUAGCAAUUACAUUGCAGCUUGCACAAACAAGGGUACAAUUAGGGUUUGGGAUCAUUAUGGAAAUAUGUUAUCAGAUUAUAAUCCACACAGUAGCAAUUAUUUUAAAAGUAUAGCAUUUACAACUGGAAGUAACUUGCUUCAUGUAAUGGAUGAAAUACAUGGUGCUCUGAUAUCAUACGAUAAAUAUGGUGAAGAAUAUAAAUACUUAUCACAGUAUAAUCUAGAUUUACAAAAGAAGAAAGUCAUUUUUUUCCGUAAUGUACCAAAACAAAAUGAUUCCUUAUUUAUUGUUACCGAAGAUAAAGCUAUACAUGUAAAAUGGUGCAGAUCAAGCAAUAGUCAUAUGCAUAGUUACAAUAAACAAAUACGAGCAAAUGUUGAAAGUGGAAAAACUGUUUACGUUUGUGCUGCAAUAACCAAUGAUGGCCAGUAUUUAGUUUUAGCCGAUUCCGAUGGUUUUGUAAAUAUAUGGAAUACUAAUGCUGCAUACCAAUUAAUAGCUACUUACAAAAGCCGUGUAUCUUCUUUGGAUACGUAUUGGUUAAAAGAAGAAGGGUACCACAUUAUUUGUGGUAGCGAAAAUCGGUUACUUCGUAAGUGGAAAUUGCCAGUAGAAGGAACUUGUGAAGCGAGAAGAAAACCUCUAUUUGAUGCAGCAUUUCAGAAGCAUCAUGGUAAAGCAGAUACUCUUGUUAUAGAAACGCCUUUAAACACUAUUGCCAUAUUAGUUGAUGAUAAAAUAAUAGCAGAAACAAAACGAAUCGACGGGAAACUAAAUAAUUUAUUUAUUUCACCUAAUGGAGAAAAAAUAGUUUGCCUUACUGACAAAGGCAUUGUUAAUUUAUUCGAUAUAAAAACUGCAGAAGGCAGGCCUGUAUUAAAUUUUUCAUCGAAUAUAGAAUUAAUCAAAGUUUUAGACCUAGAAACUGGUAGCAUACUCAUUUGUAGAGGAACCGAUGAUAAUUUACGGAUAUGGGAGAGCACAAAAUUGUCAUAUUUAAUUGAUAAUGCAGGAUGUGUUAUUUCAAUUCAUAAUGUAGAUGGAAAAUAUGUGUUAACGGUGACACGAAAUGGUAUAAUAACACUUUGGAACGUCAAUGGUACAAAUUGGUUACGAGUGGACAGAGUAACCAUUGGUAAUUCAGAUAUAGUCGCUACAUUUAGUUGUUUGAGCCAACAGAAAAAUUUUCUAGCAGUGUUAAAUGAAAAUGGAGAAGUAGUCUUAUAUAAACUACAAGAAGAUACAAUAACAUUACCGACAUGUAUAAAAGUAACGGAAUAUUUUAGAAAAAAUUAUGCUCAGAAACUAACAUGUUGUGAAAUAUCCCAACACGAAAAGUAUUUAGCUAUUGGUUUCGAAAACGGAGAUAUUUCUGUUAUUGAUACAACGUUGCAAGAUGAAAUACGUAAAUUACGUUUUCAUACAAAUUCUGUUUCUCAGCUAUGCUGGGCCCCUUCUGAAAUUGGUGUUCCAAUUUUGCUAUCUGUAAACUCGGAUGAAUUAGUUUGGUGGAAUAUUGCUCUGUCUAUGUAUAUAAAAAAACCAAAAAGAAGACUUCGAAUAAAUCGUAGCAUUAGUACUCCGGCUACGAAUAAUAAUGCAACAUUCAGCUUACAUAUGUCUGCUAGUCAAAGUGCAGAUUCAAAUAUGUAUAGUAUGCAGUGCCAGCAACAGGAUAAGGGUAUCAUGAAUGGUGUACACAAGUUAAGUCAGUUUUGGAAAUCCAAAGAAGGUAAAGAUAAUACACAACCAGCUUUAUUAGCCGUUGUUGAAUUACCUUCAAAUUUUCUUGCAAAAGUAUGCAUAUCUACAGAUUUUACAAAGUUUGUUACAGUUGACAUAUAUGGGUCUGUUAGUACAUUUACAUUAUGCGGAUGUGAUUAAUAACUACUUUAAUUUGGAGAUUGUAUUUUAUAGUAGAAUAUUGCAAAGGUGCAAUAGAUACAAAUAUUAUCGGAAAUAAGUAAUGUGUUAUAAAUAUUUCACUUGUGAUUAUUAAAACGUGAAAGUUACUUUUAAACUCGAUAUAUGGUAGAUAUGAUUACUUUAGCAAAAUGAAAGAUUUUAUAAAUAAUGAAAGAGAAGUAUGUAUCUAUGAUGCCGUAAACUGACGGUUAUGGGAUCGAAUACGUUGAAGUAUGAGUAACUUUUUAUACAAUUUUUAUAUUGACUGAUGCUCAAGACUAUAAACGAGAAAUAGGUACAUUUCUUAACAAUAAGCCUAACACUACUGCCACUUGCAUUUAUCUGAAAUUAUUGGAUCUCUUAGUCGUAAAACUAUAGUUUUAUGUAUACAUAAACCUAUUUUGACUGUUCUUUUGUAUUAUCAUUUUUCACAUACAGUAAGAGUUUUAAAAUUUUGAGAGCAUUUACAUUUUUUGAAAUAUAUACAUUUAUACCGUGAAACAAGUCAAACAACUAAACGUAUUUCAUACAUUUCUCUCUACAACUUUGUACAAAUGUUUAUUUUUUUUUAUUCACAUUAGAUAAUUACAGUUUAAUUUAAUAUUUGAUGAUAUAUACAUUUAUAAGUAUAUGUUUGAUCCGUAAGUAUUACUGCAAUAUAGAAUAUACAUAUUUUAGUGCUAUACAUAUGUAUAGAUAAAUUUUCUAAAUAUCAGUAAUUGUUUUAUCACGUAAAUUACCACAAAAAUUAUUCACUUCGUGAUUUUGAAAGUUAUAAAUUUUAUUCGAAAUAUUAUACGGCCGGUGGGAUGGUUGAGGUAUUCAAAUUAGAUAACUAUUAAAAUUCUAUAAUUAAGAAAUUUAUUAUUUCCUAUUUUGAUACUAUACUAUUUUAUAUUUCAUAAAAAAAUGAGAUAAUCAAUUUGUAAAUAUAAUAAAAAAUAUAAAAAAUAAUUUGAUUUUUGUUUCUAUACUAAUAUAUUUGUAGAAUGGAUUUGAUACAAUACGUAGUAUUUAUAAUGAAUUUAAAUACCUUAAUCGUGUUUAAUUUGAUACUUGGAUAAAGCAGAAAAUUUUAAUAUUAAAAUUUGCAUGGCAAUGUUAUAAAAUUGCUAUAUUGGUUGUUAAAAAUUAGGGAAUUGUGAGCAACUUCCAUAUCUUUAACUUUCGUCCGUUUUUUCGAACUGUAAAGUUAAUAAUAUUUUCUAUUGUUACUUUAUACCAUGUGCCUUAAAUGGGUGAUAUACAUAUAAGUAUAAACGGGAAAAAAAUAAUUCGUUUAUAAAUUGUGUUGCAAGUUUAACAUAUUUGUAUAUUUUAAUGGUACAUUUAACUCUGUUUAACACGUCAAACGCCCGGUCUGUUUUCCUUGCCGUUCCGUUUAGGCCAGUGAUUUCCAACCUGGGAGGCGUCAAAAUAUGAAAGUUUUUAUUAAAGUCUUUAUUAUUUAAAACAUGUCUGUAUUGUUAUAUCUAUUACGAAAAUAAAAGGCAGGGAGGCCCGGAAAAAAUUUCGUUUGGUCCUUGAGGAUCGGCGGGGACCGAGCGUUUAACGUGUUAAGAUAAGGUAAUUUACGUUGCGCGUUUAUUUUAUAUAUAUCAAGUAUAAAAACCGAAAAAAUGUCAGUAUGUUGUAACAAAAAGUAAACGACUGUACUUUGAUCGAUCAAAUCAUAACUACUUAAUAGACUUAAUCAGCCUACUUUUUUGCGUGUUUUAUCGCGCUGUCUGGAUUUCUUCGGUGUUUUCUUUUACUAUAAUUUCAUUUAUAAUAUACUGCUAAAUGUUUCAACGAGACAAAGGCUUUAAGCUACAACGGAACAAUAAUGUGUUAAUGUGUUACAAAUAUUUUCGACAUGUCUAUGUACAACUAUUUCGUAAAAAAGAAAAAAGAAAAAGUUGAAAAAAAAAAUGAUUUUCAAAACAGCAUUGUAUAUACAUAUUGGCAUGUAUUUUAUGCAUCUAAUCAGAAAUACAUGGUCGUAUAUAAACGUUCAGGUGUUUAUCGAUUUUGUGAUAGAAGUAUUUGUUAACUGUGGUGCAAUUUGUGAGGGAUGCGAACAAUAUCGCUGACCAUGAGUGGGCCGGAGCGCAAUAUUUGUUCGGUUAACACUAGGUUUACGGGACGCGUCAAUUUUGACGCUUUUCCGUAGAGAUAGGUAUAUAAGAAAUGUCCGUAAACCCAGUAUUAAAGCAACAUUUGCAUUCUCUCUUUCGUCGAGCUCAAUUUUCGAUAGCAUUUACUGUAUUAUUAGCGACAUCGUGUAUAUUAUUUCGUGUUAAAAAAAGAAA